GAACAGUACAACGUUAGGGUGGAGAAACAAACCACAAUGAAUGAACCAAUAAAUUAACAGAGCCCGCCAUUGUUGUAAUAUAUUGUAUUUUAUAGUUUUCACACUGCACGUUGCGCACGCACCUCACUCCUUCACUUAAACAAUUCCAAAAACACCUCUUUUAUUCAUUCCCAAGUCCCACCCCGCCACAAACAAGAAACACUGAAAGAGUUGAGAGUUGAAUAAUCAUCCAUGGCUUCUUCCGACAAAAACCUUCCCCUCAAGCCAAUCCCCGGAAGCUAUGGCCUCCCGUUCUUCGGAGCCAUGAGCGAUAGACACGACUACUUCUACCACCAAGGCCGCGACAAAUACUUCGCCACCAGAAUCCAAAAGUACAACUCCACCGUCAUCAGAACCAACAUGCCACCUGGACCCUUCAUUUCCUCUAACCCUAGAGUCAUCGCGCUCCUCGACGGCCUCUCCUUCUCCGUCCUCUUCGACAACGCCAAAGUCGAUAAGCGCGACGUCCUCGACGGCACCUUCAUGCCCUCCACCUCCUUCACCGGCGGCUACCGCACCUGUGCUUUUCAGGACACCACCGAACCCUCCCACGCGCUCCUCAAGCGCUUCUACCUCACCUUCCUCGCCUCCAAGCACGACACCUUCCUCCCCCUCUUCCGCAACAACCUCUCCGACCAUUUCUCCGACCUCGAAGACAAGCUCGCCGGAAAGUCCGGCAAGGCGAGCUUCAACUCCUCCAUCGGCGACGCCGUCUUCAACUUCCUCUUCCGCCUCCUCACGGACAAAUCCCCCGCCGACACCAAAAUCGGCUCCGACGGGCCCAGCCUCGUCCAAACCUGGCUGGCGGCGCAGCUUGCUCCACUGGCGACGCUAGGGUUACCGAGAAUCCUGAACUACGUCGAAGAUUUGUUAAUCAGAACAAUUCCAAUCCCGUCGUGGACAGUGAAAUCAAGCUACAAGAAACUGUACGAAGGGUUCUCCUCGGCGGGUGCAUCGAUUCUGGAGGAAGCGGAACGCGCGGGGAUUAAGCGCGAAGAAGCGUGCCACAACCUUGUUUUCAUGUUAGGGUUCAACGCGCAAGGAGGGUUGGUGAACCAGUUUCCGAUUUUAAUUAAGUGGAUCGGAUUGGGCGGUGGAGAUUUGCAUAAGGAGCUUGCGGAGGAGAUCAGGAGCGUUGUUAGGGAGGAAGGCGGGGUGAGUCUGGGAGCGUUGGAUAAGAUGACUUUGACCAAGUCCGUUGUGUACGAGGCGCUGAGGAUAGAGCCUGCGGUUCCCUACCAGUACGCGAGGGCGAGGGAGGAUCUGGUGGUGCAGAGCCACGAUGCGGCCUACCAGAUCAAGAAAGGUGAAAUGAUCUUUGGAUAUCAGCCCUUCGCUACCAAGGAUCCCAAGAUCUUCCACAAUCCCGAGGACUUUGUUCCCGAUAGGUUCGUUGGGCGUGACGGGGAAAACCUUUUGCGACACGUGUUGUGGUCCAAUGGACGCGAGACGGACGACCCCACACCCGAUAAUAAACAGUGUCCCGCCAAGAAUCUGGUGCUGCUCUUGUGCAGGCUCUACUUGGUGGAAUUCUUCUUGCGCUAUGACACGUUUACCUUCCACUAUAAACCCGUGGUUUUGGGACCCGACGUUACCAUCAACUCACUCACUAAAGCCUCCUCAUUCUGAUCGAUCCUCUACCACGCACCCUACCUAGAAGUUUUAUAUAUAUAUAUAUAUAUUUUUUUUUAUUUACGUGUAUUUAUUUAUUAAUAGAAUAAAACAAUGUACAUCUCUUUUCUAUAUUUCGGGUAGGGUCAGGGUGUGUGAUGUGCACCGGAGAGAAAGGACUCGUACGUGAUGAGUUAUUGUGAGGUGUGUCCAUUACUUGUAACUUUUGCUUAUUGUUAAUUUUUUUUACUUGUUUUGUGCUGUUUCUUUUCCUUUAAUUUAAACCAAUAAUGUAUAAAGUCUGCCGUUUUUUAAUAAAAUUUAUGUGUUUGAGAGUU